AUGGACCACCUUGAUGCAGAUCGACUUCUGGUACAGGGACAGUUUGGGCCAGACUGCUCACUCCUUACGAGAAGCCGAGUUUCGCAACAACUCGAUCAAGCGGGAGGAUACGGCAUGAACCUGCUUGCCGUCAAGACCGACGGCCCACACACUUCAUACACCUCACAUGCCCAGUCGUGGUACAUGUCGCGUAUAGUAGAGAGCACAAUGGGCUCAUGUUUGCAGCCUGUGUUGCCGACUCUCUACCUGACGCUGCGUGCUGAAACACAAGCAUCUUACUGGCUGAACCUCGACCUGAAUGCGCGCACCUUUCAUGUCCUGUCAUUUUUCCCCAGCGCUUCUGGGGAGAGAAGAUAA